UUAUUUACUACUAUAUUUUAAUAUUCUUCAAUGCAGACAAUGUUUAUUAUGAAAAUAUGAUGUAGAACAUUUAGAAGCCGGGAUUCAAAUCAUAAACCGUUUUAGAAAAUUGAAAUUACAUUUUGUAAGAUAAAAAUAAUUGCAUAAUGUUAUGGUAAACAUUUUAUUCAGUCUAGUGCAGUGGUUCUCAACCGCCGGUCCGUAAACCAAACUUAGUCUGAGAGGCUAUACGCCCAUUUUGAACCCUGAACGUCUGGAUGUUUCGUUAAGUCUGUGACGUCAUAACGGCGAAUAUCAUAACGAAGGAGUUCGAGAACGACACCAUGUCGUCACAGUUUUGGAUAUCGCUUGAAAAAGAAUAUGCUUAGCUAAGUGACAAAGCCGUUAAAUUACUGCUGAUUUUUUGUACAACAUACUCAUGCGAUAAAUACUUUUCAUCGUGAUCUCUCAUCAAAACCAAACAGAAAAAUCGUGAGGAAAUCAACGCUCUACUUCGUCUUGUAGAAACUUCAUUAGAACCGCGUUUAACACCUAGCCCAGCGGUUCCCAAACUUUUUGCACGUGCGGCUCCUAAUUAUCAAGGAAAAAACUCAACGCGCACUUACACGAAAAAAAAUUGCUGCCUUUAAAUAAAUCUCAAUUUUGUGAACGUUAUUAUUAUUUUAUGGUGCUUGUAACUGGCGUAGUUUCGUGCACCAGGACUAUGAAAUUACGCAUUGGGUGUUCGAACUCUUCCACCCGUUAUGAGGACGAAUUUUUCAACAAAGGAUGUUAAUGUGUGCUUUCUGCUUUUCAAAGUUUGUAAACAUGUGGACCUGAAGAGUAAAGUCAAUGUCAACUGUUCUUCAUCAUCCCUGCCGGAUUUUCCUUCGAAAUACUAAAAAAAUCACUCAUGCUCGCUAUACUCGGUCCAGCAGAUAAAGAAACUUUGGGAUGAUUUUGAAGGUUCACCGGUCCGCAAAAAUAAUUUUAAAAUUGUACAGUUCCCCAAACUAAAAAGGUUGAGAACCACUGGACUAGUUGACAUAGAAUUUAUGUUGUGUUAUUUUAAAGUAUUUCGUUGGCAAUGCCAAUAACAUUAGUGAAGAAAAUGAAUAUUGACGAAGAAUUCAAACAUUUGUUGAAAUGGGGACGUUACCAAACAGUGAUUUAUGUCAUUGUGUGUAUAUCUUGUGUCCCAAAUGCUUUCACGACUUUUCAGUUUGCAGUAAAUCAUUUUGAACCAAACCACCGUUGUAAAUUACCUUCUGGCAUUGAAAGCAUAUUAAAAAACAACUUGAACGACAGUGAAAAAAUUCUUGACUAUUAUAUACCCAGGGAAGCUGACAAUUAUGGAAAUUCAAUUAGAAGUAAAUGUCACAUGUAUAACAGAUCAUAUUCUACAGAGCUGCCUCCAAUACACAUUAACCAGUCUGCAGACAUUAUAUCAUGCACCAAUGGAUUCACAUUUGAUAUACUGCCCAAUCAUGAUACUGCUGUUACUGACUUUGAAAUGGUUUGCAGCAAUAACUGGAAAGGACCUCUGGCUAUAACGGUGUUCCAAUCUGGAAUGGCAAGCGGAUCGAUAGCGGGCAUGCUUGCUGAUAGGUAUGGAAGAAGACCAGUGUACUUGAUUGCCACUUUCGCUCUGAUUGGAUCCAUGGGCCUGACGGCUGUGUCAUGGAACUACUACUUAUAUUUGGUCGUCGUUUAUCUGAGUGGUGUGACUGGAUUGAUAAACUUUGUUGUUGCUUUUGUUCUGGCAACAGAAGUUAUUUCGGUGAAAUCAAGAAAUUUUAUGGCAGUUGGUACAAUGUAUGCAUUUUCUGUCGGAUAUUGCAUUGUUCCUUUGAUUUCAUAUUACACGCAAAACUGGCGUUCGUACUUUUGGGCAUCUAUGACAAUAGCCAUCGUGCUAUAUCUACCGGGCUACUGGUUGUUCCCCGAAUCACCACGUUGGCUAAUGACAGUUGGUCGGACAAAUGAAGCGAUAAAAGAACUGGACAAAAUGGCAAAAGCAAACAAAAAAAAGAUUGAUUUUGCAAAUUUGAGAAAGACACAUCCUCAUAACAUGAUGACAAGACCAUCGGGAUUAAUCGAAACUCUUCGCAUAAUUUUCAAAUCUAAAUUAACUUCUAGAUGUCUAGCUGCUUUCUUUGUAUGGUUUGUAACAGGUCUCGUUUACUACGCAAUAGCUUUCCACUCAAAGAGCUUCAGUGAUGACCGUUACUUAAACAUAUUAUUCUCUGCACUGGCGGAACUUCCAGCAUAUGUCAGUUUUUAUGCGGUGAAUAUAAUCGGCCGUCCGAGAUCUGCUACUUUCUUUCUUCUAACUUGCGGAAUUUUUAGCAUCAUUCUACCGUAUUUACCAGAAGAUCUUUCUUUGGCCAGAACUAUAAUCUCAAUUAUUGGAAAGGGCGCCGUAAGUGCAGUGUUUUAUGUUAUCUACCUGAGCACGUCCGAACUAGCUCCCACUCUACAAAGAAGUGCAACAAUGAGUAUAGCAUCAUUCUGUUGUCGUGUCGGGGCGUUUAUCGCUCCAUCUGUCAUGUUAAUGGGUAAAAUUGAAUAUUCCAUACCUAACUGGAUAAUGGGUGGGAUUACUAUUCUGAGUGGAAUUAUUGGGAUCUUCUGCAUUCCGGAAACAAUGGGAGUGAGGAUGCCAGAUACAAUUCAACAAGCUGAGAGUAAUAAACGAUACUAUGGCCUCAAUAUAUUUCGAAAAUUCAAGUCAACUGAAGAUAACACUCGAAGCAAAAAUGAACACCCAAAGAAGGAAUUGACAGCUUUGUAAAUGCUUGCUAUUGUUCUAUACGUUUUAUGAAUGGAAAUAAAAAAUAUAGGUUACGACCUUUUAUAACCCUAACGUUUUGUAUAUUUCUCGUAUUUACCAAUUGUUAAGUCUUCAAACGAGUAACUAGAUAUUAUCUUCGAAAUGGACUGGUAGCUGCACAUUGCACAAGUAGCUAUGUUCAAUCUGAAAAAAGUGAGCAAAAACAUUGAGGAACCCGGCUAAGAUAAACUUAACAGACUCGUCCCGCCGUGAGUGAAUGCACUCUAAGAUAGGAUUUUCACAUUUAUCUCUUUUUUCUGGUACAGAAUUAUGGCUAAGAAGUGGUUAUAAGGGGCGCUUAAAGCAGCAGGUGCAUUGCGAUCAUAACAUUCAUUCCCUUAAUAAGAAGUCGUUGCCCUCGGCUAACUUAGUGUUUUUCUCAAAUCUCACAUUUUUGCAAUAGCGGCGGAGCUUUGUACAAAAAAACCAACAUAUAUAUGUUUGGUAUUAUUGCAAGCUUUAGUUAUCUUUCAGGCCAAAAUAUUCAUUUAGUUUUUAAAAUUAUCUUUCUUUAGUUUAAAAAUAACAGAUGGUGGGCCCUAUAACAGAAUUUAGUUUGAUACCACGCCGUUAUCAAAAUUAGCAUAUCGUGUCUGAUUUAAAUAUACUGUUUGAAUUACCUUAUUUUUACAAUUGAGAUUAUGUACAAAAUCGAAAAUAUCUAAGCAGUUUUAUUCUCUUUUUUUUUUUGAAAAUAAAUCGCUGAUCUUUUUGUUAUGCGACCCUAUUUGGUACGCAUCCUAAAUAUGCAACGUUUGUUUUUCAUGAUUAAUACCAAUGCUGGAGAUUUUAACGACCUAUAAAUCCACCCAAUCAGCAUAAAACACACAUCGUUAUCACAGCAGGAUUACGCGACAUAAAGGCGAAAGGAG